AUGAAUGAGAGCUUCCCCGAGCUUGGUUUAGCAAAAGAUGAUUGUCUUGAAACAAGCUGGAUUGAGGCUAUCAUCCUUAACAGAUUUCCAGGUAAUACAUCUUUGGAACUGUUGCUUGAUAGGACUCCUCGAUUUGUAACAAAUUACAAAGCGAAAUCUGAUUACGUCAAGGAACCUAUGCCUGAAAUUGCGUUGGAAGGUAUAUUUGAAAGGUUAUUGGAAGAGGACAUUGAAACACCUAGACUGCUAUUAGUUCCUUAUGGAGGAAAGAUGGACCAGAUUUCUGAGUCUAGCUCUCCAUUUCCACAUAGAGCUGGAAAUAUAUACAAGAUUGAGCAUCAGGUGUCUUGGAGUGAAGAAGGCAAGGAGGCAUCUCAAAGACACAUUGAUUGGAUUAGAAGGCUUUACAGUUACAUGACUCCUUACGUUUCGAAAAAUCCUCGAGAAGCAUAUAUCAAUUACAGGGAUCUUGACAUUGGAAUGAAUAACCUGGCAGGCAACACAAGUUUUAAACAAGCAAGCAUUUGGGGCAGGAAGUAUUUCAAGAACAACUUUGACAAGCUGGUACGCGUGAAGACCGCUGUUGAUCCUGCUAAUUUCUUCAGAAAUGAGCAGAGUAUUCCGCCUCUCUCGUCCUGGUGA